AAUCAUUGAAAUUUGAGUUUUUUGAAAUGCUGAAUCUAUAAUAUUAUAUAUGUUAUAUUAUUAAAUAUAUUUUGUGAAACUUUAUUGGUCGACCACCUUUAGUAGGCUUAUGUGUAAUCACCCUAACAUUAACAUUGAGAGUACCGACUUGCACCGAGUGAACGUAGUACAGUGAGUGAACAUUUUCACGUGCAAGAUUGACAUUAGCCCAAACGAAAAUAGUAUCGAGACGGAAAAUCUAUUUCGGCGACGAAUUACGCACGGUAAUCGCGGGUAUCGCGGAUCCAAGCCGAAACCACCUCUUAUCAGCCAUUCGAAAUAGCGGUGACGGCGCACAUUGGUACCCGCCAUUACAGCGAACUGCACACCCAAAUCAGCUGUUGUUUGACAUCUGUCGUGCCGGCACCACGAGCAACGCUAAUUCACCGUCCAUUUUGGUGCAGCCGCCACGACUUCUUCCUAGUGCAAGAGCGGCGAUGACGCUGGCGAACACGCGCAGAAUCAUGGUGGAGACCCGCAACCUGUCCAGGGAUCCCCCGCCCGGCAUCAGCGCCACGCCGGACGACGCCAACUGUCGCUACUUCCACGUGGUGAUGGCCGGACCGCCGGGUUCCCCCUACGAGGGCGGCAUCUUCAAGCUGGAGCUGUUCCUGCCCGAAAACUAUCCGCUGGUGGCGCCCAGCGUGCGCUUCCUCACCCGGAUCUUCCAUCCGAACAUCGAUAAGUUGGGGAGAAUCUGUCUGGACAUACUGAAGGACAUGUGGUCGCCGGCGUUGCAGAUGAGGACCGUCCUGCUGUCGAUCCAGGCGUUGCUCAGCAGCCCCAAUCCGGAUGAUCCGUUGGCCAACGACGUGGCGGAGAUGUGGAAGACGAAGGAGCAGGAGGCCAUCAACCAAGCCAAAGAAUGGACCAGAUUAUUUGCCAUGGAGUAACCAGGGUGUUUUGUACUACUUUUAUUAAUAAAUUUUUAAGGAACUCGA